GAGUGGCUAUUACGCGUUGAAGGUCAACCGUCGUGCAAAACAGUCUUAAUGCCAGAAUCAACAGUUGGAGAUACUUGUGUCAUUUCGGACUUGCCAUCCCUGGAACAAUAUUAUCAUGGUUACAUUGAUCGAGCUGAGGCGGAAAAGCGUUUACAGAGUUUUGGAAUAGCAAACAGUUAUCUUCUUCGUCUCAGUCGUGCAGCACACGGCGGUGAUACAUGGGAGGAUAUUUACGUUCUUUCAUACCUAUCUUCAACCUUUGCUUGUUUUCAUUUCAGGUGAGCUUAAGUUACUAAUAAGUUUAGCUUUAUUUAGACUUAUCCCUCGUUUCAAUUGUUUUCAAAUUGGCGGGAGAUUCUUCGAUAGCUUAGAUGGAUGUUUGUCAAGGUAUUACACUCGUGACAUAAUGACAGGAGAGCGACUUAAGUAUCCCAUCCCACCUACAAGCCUCCCAAUUGAAUAUCAUACUCAACGUUUACGGGCUGUACAAGAUUUUGAACCAGAAAAUGGAUACGAUCGUCUCGGAUGUGUCGUUAAUGAUCGUUUCUUACUAAUCUAUGAAGAUCCAAAUUCGGAUUGGGUCCUUGCUACUUCUUUGAAAUCUCGUCACUCGGGUUAUUUACCGAAAUCAUGUGUCGAGAAAGAAUAUCCAGAGAUUAUUGAACGUUUAGACUUCUUUCACCCUGAUCCAACACCUCAUCCUAAAGAGUUACUGAAGAAAGCUGGUCCAUUUAGCUAUUUAUUACGCCCUUGUGAUUCACGUCCUGGCCUGUAUACAUUACUCUUAUACGAUGGAGUACGUGUUCGUAAAUGUCGACUUGAAUUAAUUGUUCAAUCAGAGCUUAUACUUCAAGAUGAUGUUACACCGACCAAAAAAACCAAUCAUGAUAGUAAUCUCGGUCAUAGAAAUAGUGAACUGUUAGAUGAACAUACAAAUGAAUUCAAUACUGGAUCAUUAUCAUAUAGUAGUAACAAUGAAGAUGAUAAAUCAGAUGAAUCUCGUAGGAAAUCAAACCAAAUAUUAUUAACCAAUAAAAAUCUAGAAGAUAAUCAUAGUACAAGUGAAUUUGUAGAUUUUAAUAGAAAUUUUCAAUCUCCUCUUUAUCGUACAACUACUAAAAUACUGUAUAGCGGUACAACUUUUCCUAAUGUUGAAGCUGUAAUUACAGCUAUUGAAUCACAUCAUUGGGAUCUUUAUCAUACUGAAGAAUUGAACACUUUAAAUAUUUCUGAUGAUGGAUAUAAUUGUCCAAUUAAUGAUGAGACUAAUGUUAAUCCUACAAAUGAUAUUUCAUCAGUAGACAGUUCAAAUAUUAGUACACCAAUUCAACAUGUAUUUAAACCUCUCUGCAGGAAGCGUAAACCUCAAGUACAUCUUCCCCCGUCUACUAUUUAUAUGGAUAUGUGUUAUGCACGUCAACCACCAACAUCCCAUCAAUCGGUGACUGAAAUUCAUGGGGAAUUGUCUAUUUGGUUACAACAAAGAAAGAAAUGGAAAUUAUGUUAUGCACAUUUAGAUAGAAAACAAAGUAUACUAACAUUGAUUGAUGGAGAAAAGCGUAAACCUGAACGAUUUGAUCUUUCUAAAUGUGAUUUUUUUCCCAUCCAUUAUACUGUAUAUGAAAAAAAUUAUUGCUUUGGUCUAGUUUUAUAUGGUGCUUCAGCUGGAGAUCGAGAAGAAUAUGUUUUACGUGUAGAAGCUCCAUGUUCAUCAAAUAAAUUUCACUCAAAUGUUAACGGUUCAACAAUACCUAGCCGAGUUAAUUUAUUCAAUACUUACGAUUUAGAUGUUAAUUCGUAUUCUGGUCGUUCUGAAGAACCACCGUACACACUUCAAAAUUUAUCACACUCAUGCUGUCGUUUUGCAUGUGACUGGGCUGUUCGUUCAAAUUUAACCUCUGUAGAUAAUAAAUCUUUGUUAUCAUCCUCAUCAACUAAUCCGAACGUGUCCAAUUCGUCAGAAAAUAAUAUUAACUGUCUUGGUAAUUGUGAUUUGCCACCGGCCACUUGGGAUAUUGUAUACCAAAGAUGGGUGACGAGUUUGAAACGACACUGUCGUAAUACAAAAGCCGAUUCAGCAACUGAAGACAAUGUAUCACUUAGGCAAACACACUUAAGAUGUUAUCGCAACCUUGAGAUCAAGUUCACUAAUGCUAAAUUAAUGCCAACGUCAUCAUCGAAAUCUCGUCGAGAUGAAUCAGUUUACUCCGUAAAUUUAGAUGGAUUUGAAAUUGGACGUGCCUACUCCGGGUCUUCUGUCGUUUCUAUUUUUUUAGAUGAAUUCCCAUUUGGUUUCAAAAAGAUUGAAGUUUUCAUGAAAGAAGAUAAACGUAAACGUUCACUAGCUAUGGAUUUUGAUAUAGUCCAAAACAAUGCUGCCACAAGUGCCAGUGGUUCUAUGAUUGCAGAUCAUGAUAAACAAUUUUCUGCUGGCAAUUUAUCAUCAUCAUCUCUCUCAUUAUCAUCGGCAUCCCCUUUGCAUUAUUCAAUAUGUGAUACGCAAGAACGUAGCAAUGGUCAAAUAUCCAUUAUUUAUAAAGAAUUACACGUAAUUCCAUUUCAAUAUUAUGAAGGUUUUCGUCAGACAAUAAGAAACUGUAUGAAUUCUGAAUUCAUACCUCUUUGUAUUCACGUUUGGAAAUCAUUUGCACAUAAUAUGAAUCAAUUGAGUUUUGUUACCAGUCUAUUAUUAACAACAAUCGAAUUGAAUUGUCAUUUAGAGUUGAUUGUCAAUUUAUUACGAAUUGAAGUAAAUAAUGAUAAGCCAAGUGCUUCUUUUCGGGGCAGUUCUUUGGGAGCACAAAUACUAGAUAUCUAUAGUACUACUGUUUGUUCAGCUUGGCGUAGUCAAUGUUUUCGACGUGUAUGUGAAAAAGCUCUAGAAGGUCCGCCAUCAUUAAAAUCUAAUCAUUCCACUACAUCUUCAAGCCCAUCUCUUAAUAUAAGUCAAAUUAAUAGUACUAACAAUAUAAAAUCAACAUUUAAUCAACGUCCUUCUAUUGAUAAAAGUUCUCAUCAUUGUACCAAUUCUAUCAAUUCACAUCAUUCACUUACAACACGUCCAUAUUCAUUAUCAACUGGUGCCGCUGGUUCAGUAAAAUUCGAUCAAAUCUCAUCUACACCUAAUCAAAGUUCUCUUCAACAUCAUCAUACACGUGAACAAGAAUGGCAUCAUCAUUUACUCUCUAUUGCUGUGGAUGACUUGAUUACUUAUGUACGCACAUUUCCCUUACAGAUACGUUGGAUCUAUUCGGAAUUACAGGCUUUAUAUUCACCUAAUCAUAGUAAUGUCGUUGUAUGUAAUCUAGUUUUUCUACGUGGUCUUUGUCCAGUGUUAUAUUCGCUUUCAUCUCUGGGUAAAACAGUUUGUUCAGAAUCGAUCAAUGGAUCUAUUCAUGGUAUUUUAUCCGGUUUCCCUAAUGAUUUUUUCCAUCCAUCAUAUACAAAUUCAUUAAAUAAUUCUUCUUAUCACUCAUGGUCUUCUUUUCCUCAAUUAAAUUCUGGCGCAAGUUCACCAACUGUUCCAUCACAUGCAUCUGAAGCAUUUGCUAUAAUAGCUAAAACAUUAUUAGCUCUUGUCGGUCUAAAUGAAACACCGAAAACACAAGCUGAUGGUUUUUUAUCAUUAGAACAAUUUAUGAGUUUACGAACAAGAUUGUUAAAUGAAUUUCGUAUACCUAUUACAUCUCCAUUGUCAGCAAAUGAAAUCAAACAAUUAGAACAGUUAUAUGAAACAGAUGCACGUAAAGCUAGUUGUAAAUCACUUAGUCGUGAAUUAGCUCAAUUAGCUUAUUAUUUAUUAGAAGCAUAUCAUCCAAAACAUCAAUCAACUACAAUUUGUCGAACAAGCAAUACUAUCACUCAGUUAAAUGAUACUACUACUAGUACCACUAAUAGUAGUAGUAAUAAUAAUAAUAAUGAUAUGCCCAAUUCUACAAUAAUGAAUAAUAAUUCUACACCGAUCAAAACACAUAAUCAUGAAAAUAAAAUUACCGACAUUUAUCCUAUAUCAUUAUCACCGCAUAUUUAUGCAGUUCUAAUUGAUCUAGCUGAGAAAACGCAUCAAUUUGUACUGUCUAAUCGGCUAACUUAGACUUAUUUCUAUAUUCCUUAUCUUUUGAAGAAGUAGUAUUUUAAUAUUUACAAUACAAGAAAGCAACAAUAAUGAUUGAAGGUAUACCAUUAUAUAAUAAAAAAAAAAGGAUUCAAUACACAAAUGAUGUGUUAUGAUUAUACAUUCAAAAUCGGUCUUUUUGAAAUAUCCAUCUUUCAACUGUUGACUUUUGUUACUAAGCAACUGUUAAGAAUGAAUCAUACAAUGGAAUUGUAAUAUGAUAAAUAUACAUUAGUAAUCUAUUUAAUGUUUAAAAGGAAUUGAAUGAUUACAUUGUAGUUGAUGGUAUAUAUUAUAUAAUGUAUUAAUAAUGAAUUAAGCAUUUGAUCAUUAUUUUGUCAGUCUACAAUGCUUCAUUGUAUAAUAAUAAUAAUAAUAAUAAUCAGUUUAAUUCAUAAUUGAGUUUGUAUAUUCAUUAAGUCUCUUUUUUUGUUAUUCGACAAUCUAUUCUCUAUGCUUUAAUUGAUAGUACUAUUUGUUAUAUGUAUAUACAUACUUGUAUUAACUACGUUUUUGCUAUUGUUUAUGUUUUUUUGUUUAGUGGGUUCGUUAUCUUCUCAGUUUUCAGCAUAUUCAACUACUCUUUAGUUUCUUGUUUAAAUAUUGUCUUUUUAGCCUGUUCUCUUAAUGGUUUUAAUGUCUAUUGUUAUUGUCUCUUGUACUAUUUAUUAUUCUUUAGUUGAUCUUUAUCCACAAAUUACUGCAUUAACCCAACUGUUUUCUUAUAAGUUUACUUUUGCGAAUUCACUCCUUUUUUAAAAAAAAAUCUUUUAAUCGGUAUACGUAUGUAUGUGUAAAUAAUUGUGUGUAUGUAUGUAUGUGUGUGUGGUUACUCAAUGAUUACAUUGUUCUUCAUCAUGAUCAUAUCAAUUCAUUGAACAUUCAUACUAACUAACUAACUAACACAAAUGUAACAUUUCCAGAGUACUUGUACUAUUGUGCAUAUGGUUUAGUUUGAUGAAUGAAUAAUUGCAAUAAUCUGAUCUGUUAUUAUCUUACUGAUGAAUAUAAUUAAUGUCUAAUUGUCAGUUUCCUCUCUUUUUUUGUCACUUCGACCUGUAAGAUUUUCUUUAUAUAUGCAUAUAUAUCUGGGUUUUGUUUGCUUUAGUAAUUUCCCAUUUCUUUUCGUUUAUAAUGUCCUAACCAAUAUAUAUACGUAUUUCUCUGAUUUUCAUCUUGCUUCUUUUAUUAUCGAUGCAUAUAUAUUACAUAAGAGAGUUGAACAGGGAGAGAUGUAAAAGGAUACUCAAUACACCUUCAUUGUUAUUGUAUUUCACUGCUUUAUUAUUUGCUUGUUUUUUUUUCUUUUUUGAUCAAAAUAAAUGAGAUGAAACGUUAUCUGGUUC